AUGUCGCUGCUCAGAGGUGUUUUUAUUGUCGCUGCCAAGCGCACUCCAUUCGGAACUUAUGGCGGCGUCCUGAAGGAUCACAGUGCAACAGACCUGGCUGAGCACGCAGCCAAGGCGGCCCUGGCAGCAGGUGGCGUGGCCCCUGAGCUCGUUGACAGCGUCAUCAUGGGGAAUGUCAUGCAGAGCUCAGCAGACGCUCCUUACAUCGCACGUCAUGUUGGUCUGAGGUGUGGAGUCCCCAUCCCGGUACCUGCUCUCACUGUCAACAGGCUGUGUGGAUCUGGUUUCCAGUCUAUCAUCAAUGGGGCUCAGGAGAUUUGUGUAAAGGACUCUGAGGUGGUGUUGUGCGGUGGUUCCGAAAGCAUGAGCCAGGCUCCAUACGCCGUUCGCAACAUUCGAUUCGGUACAAAGUUUGGAUUCGAUCUCAAGCUAGAGGACACCCUGUGGGCAGGCUUGACGGACAUGCAUGUAAAAAUCCCCAUGGGCAUUACAGCAGAAAACCUGGCAGAGAAGUACCAAAUCACACGAGAAGAUUGCGACAACUACGCCUAUCAGACGCAGCAAAGGUGGAAAGCAGCUCACGAGGCGGGCCACUACACAGCAGAAAUGGCACCAGUAGAACUGAAGUCAAAGAAAGGCAAAGUGUCCAUGGCUCAGGAUGAGCACCCUCGUCCUCAGACCACAAUGGAACAGAUGGCCAAACUGCCCACUGUCUUCAAGAAAGGAGGCACUGUUACUGCCGCUAAUGCUUCAGGAGUGUCUGAUGGCGCUGCUGCAUUGGUGAUUGCUAGUGAAGACGCACUUAGUCAACAUAAGAUGACUCCACUGGCCAGAAUUGUGGCCUAUCACGUGUCAGGCUGUGACCCGAGCAUCAUGGGAAUUGGCCCCGUUCCAGCUAUCACAGAAGCACUCAAAAAAGCCGGACUCUCACUCAGUGAUAUGGACUUGGUGGAGGUGAAUGAGGCCUUUGCUCCCCAAUACUUGGCAGUGUCCAAGGCCUUAGGACUGGAUCCUGAAAAAAGCAACGUAAACGGCGGAGCUAUCGCCAUCGGACAUCCUUUGGGCGCGUCGGGGGCUCGCAUCACCACUCACCUGGUUCAUGAGCUCAGGCGACGAGGCGGCAAGUACGCCGUUGGAUCAGCUUGCAUCGGGGGCGGUCAAGGAAUCGCCAUUGUUCUUGAAAAGUGCUGA